GUUUUUGUUUUGGCCCCAACCCGCCAGCUGGUUCUCCGGGGCUGUUCCUGCCGGCCUGAGGAAGAGGAGGAGGAGGAUUGGCUGCAUCUGUAGCCCUUAUCUGGUGGGGUGGUGGGGAGUGGGGAACCUAGAAUUAGCGGGGCGAAGUCCCGGGACGGAGCAUGGGGGGCUGGGCCCAGGCCCAGGCCCAGACCCAGACCCAGACCCAGAUCCAGACCCACGCCCAGGCCCUACCAAUGCUGGGCCUUUGCCCCGCAUCGUGUGAUCGGCUGCCAGGGUGGCCGCGAUGUUUGUAGGCCCCCGGGAAGGCGGCAGUAUGAGCCUCCCCUUCUCCUUCUAGAGCCACCACGUCCUCCUGCUGCUUCCUUCUCUCCCCCUCUCCCUGUCCUGCAGUGAGUGGGAGCCGAGAGAACCCAGAGCUGAGAACCGAUCCUAGCCAAAGGCCAUCCCCACAUCCCGAUACCUAGCCUCCCGGCAUGGCUCAGGAGAAAAUGGAGUUGGACCUGGAGCUGCCAACUACUGCCACCGCCCCCCCGGAUGGGGGCAGCCUGAGGAGGUCCAACAGUGCUCCCUUGAUCCAUGGGCUCAGUGAUAAUUCACAGAUUUUUCAGCCUUAUGUAAUCCGAACCCGGAGGAAUAGUACAACAGUGAUGAACCGUCACAGUCUGUUGCUGUCAUCUUCUCCUAUUCGUAUUCCUAGUAGCAGACUUCAUCAAAUCAAGAGGGAGGAAGGAGUAGACUUGAUGAACCGAGAAGCUGCCCAUGAAAGGGAAGUGCAGACAGCAAUGCAGAUAAGCCAUUCCUGGGAAGAAAGCUUGAGCCUGAGUGAUAAUGACUUCGACAAGUCAGAGAAAUCAUCUUCUCCUAAGAGAAUUGACUUCAUCCCGGUUUCUCCAGCACCGUCACCCACUAGAGGAAUAGGAAAGCAAUGUUUUUCACCAUCCUUACAAAUGUUUGUGAGUAGCAAUGGGCUACCUCCAAGUCCCAUCCCCAGCCCAACCAGACGAUUUUCAAACAGAAGGAGUCAAAGCCCAAUCAACUGCAUUAGGCCCAGUGUUCUUGGUCCUAUUAAAAGGAAAGGUGAAAUGGAAACGGAAAGUCAGCCAAAGAGACUCUUUCAAGGCAUUACUACUAUGCUUUCUCCUGAUAUUACGAAUUUGGCAGAUCUCAGUUCAUGUCUGUCUUCAGAUAUUCUGGAUGGCAGUAGUAGCAGCAUUGGCUCAUCCUCAGACUCACUGGCUAAAGUCAGCAAUGCCACAGACUCUCCAGUAACAUGUUCCAAUUCAUGCUCUUCGUUCAUCUUGAUGGAUGACCUUUCACCCAAGUGACUUAACCAUUUCUCAUUCAGUGUUCUGACCGGGCUGUUUUCUAUACAAAAGACUCUGGCAGGCAGGGAAAGGGACUUUGAUCCUUAAUGAGGAUUAAGAUAUUAAUUAGGAUAGCAAAAAUUAAUGUAACAUUAUCCCUUAACAUCUCUAUUCUAAAAGGUUUAAUCCAUAGAUAUAUUAACCUUACUGCUAGUUUUGCGUUAAGUGACUGUUCAGAUGAUUAAAAUUAACUUUGGGUUGCUGUUGCUCUAUUUGACUUUUGACGCCUAAAAGGCUACCUCCUUAAGGUCCUGUAGUUUGAGUACUGAUAUAUGGUUUCUAGUAUGGCUCCUUUCCCCAACAAAAGUAAACGAUAGUUACAAAACUGAUCAGAAAGUCUCUUGUUUGAGAGAGAUCUUGUUCCCUAUUCCUCCCAUUAAAGAAAUAGUUGUAUAUUGCUCUUCAUUUUACAAACAUAAAAAGCUUGCAUUUGGUUAUAUUUAAAUGAUUUUUCUCAUCAGAUUUAAAUAUAUGAUUUCUCCAUUUUCCUCUUUGCGCUGCUUGCUUGUGGCCAGACCAGGAAAUACUUAGUGGUCUCUGUAGCUGCCAAUGUUGCUCCUUUGUAGUUAAGAUUGUAUGGAAGGAUGAGGAUUGGUUUUAAUGUUUGAAAUGUUAAUGGGCUUGGUAGUAUGCCUGAAUUAGUUAGUAAGAAUGUUCCAGAUCCCUAUAACCCAGGAAUGGCGGUAGCUAACAUUUUUUCCCGAAACUUGUAGCCCUGAGGAAUGUAUAACAUAUUAUUAAUAUUUCUAGUUAUUUGUUGUCAAGGAGAAGAAAUUCCAGCCUUGAUCAGAGAUGUCUAGUUUAUCCAGAAGUGACUAGCCAGUGUUACUGACCUAAAAAACUACUGUGCAGGAGAGUGCACAUGGGGCCAUCAAUGUCUCCUGUGGCAUUGAGGCCAUAGGGAUUUUUGUGCCUUAGGGGACAUUGUUCUACUAUUAAAGAAUGUAAACCAUGGGGAAGGGGAAAGCAAAAGGGGGUGCCAUGUGUAAUGAUCUGAUAUGGGGUCUGGUGCGCCUUUUUCUUAUUGCUUUUCAACUUCUAGAUUUGUUUGCUUUCCCCUAUGGUGAUUGGUACCAAUGAUUCAGUCCCUCUGCAUCACAGUUUUUGUGUAGCCACUAGAGAAGAUGCAUGGGUUGAAGUAACUUUCAUGCUGCCUUGAAAAAAGGCAAGUCUCUAAAGUUUAAUUUCUAGAGAGAAAAAAGGUUUGCAGGCUUGAUAAUUGAAUAUUAGCUCUGUAUUCUACCUUUACGAGUCAAAUUUGAAUUGUAAGGAGCAUUUCAGUUAGUCCAAGGUAGCAAAAUAAUUUCAUAACAGGAAGAAUAUUAACCAAGCUAGAUAAUCCAUUGAUUAUAAUCUACUAUCAUACUAUUUAUUAUUUAUAACUAUGUAAAAAGUCUGUGUGAUGAAUUAUAGUAUUUUUUUAUGAUUAAAAAUUUUUAAAUGUUUGGUAGUAACUGCUGGCUUGUUUCUAACAUACAAAAUUGCCUGCCGUAAGCUUUCAUUUUUGAAUGGUGGUUCAAAAUGCUUUUGUCUAAAAUACAGCAUUUGUGUUUUGUUUUGUUUUGUUUUAAGAAAAUAACACUGAAUUUUAAAGAGAAAUUUUGUGUUUUGAAGGUAAGCAAAGACUGGCAAUUUUGUGUAGUUUGGCUGGAGGGGAGAACUAGACUUUCUUUUCAGCUCUAACAAGGACAUGGUGUGGCCUACAGGAGUCCAAUUACAGUAUCUCAUGUUCUUUAUUUUAACUUGUAAUAAUCAUGGUAGCCAAUAAUGGAUUUAUUACUUGUGUUAUUUUUACCCGUGGAGCAUCACUAGUUUUCCCCACCUCAAAUAGAUGUGUAUAUUGUAAAAUAUUAAUCCAUAGUGUGCCAUUUAAAAGAGAACAUAUAAUUAGUUCUACAGCAUUCAAUGUAUUCUUUUUAUUUGUAUAUGAACCAUAUUAUUUAAGAUGUUUUUGCCUGUACAGUAAUGACUAGAGUGUUUUAUCUUACAGAAUAUUUAUCCACUUUCACUUUGCUGUCUUUUUUGUCUUAAAGGGAUACUUUCAGCCAUAAUUUUCAGACUCUGAAUUGACUGCUAAGAUAUAACCUUUCAAUUCUUACAGAUGAUUAAAUUUAAUUUUAAAAUUUUAAUCAUUGAAUUGGGAGGAGGGAGCUGGAGAAGAGAAAUGAGACAUCAACAUAUUCCUGCAGUGUUUGCUAUGAGGAUGUAAGAGCUAGGAGAUGACCCAUGAAGUCAUCUUUGAACGUUGUUUAAACGGCAGUUUGGUGUUAGUGGUUAGAGGCUACAUCUUGGAGGCAGGAAAACCUGAGUUCAAGAUCCAUCUCUAACACAUACUAGCUGUAUGACCACAGACAAGUCACAUAACCUCUUGAGGCCCCAGACCACUCUAGGGUUCUAUUCCACCUGAGUUGCUGACCUGCAUUCAGCAUAUGGAGUGCCCUAUACCAAUGAAAUCAUGGGUCUGGACCAAAAAAAUUAGGGGGGGGUGGUGUGUUUUUAAAUGAUCACACAUAGUGAUGUGUUUGAAAUUGAUUCUAAAUAAAGGUCAAUUAACUAAUGAACUUUGUUGAUAGUCUAGCAAAUGAACUUUGUUGACAGUGUCCCUUUAUUUCCAUAUAAAGUUCACUCUGCCAUUUGCCAAAUCCUAUCUGUUAUGAUGUGAUGUAGAGGUUGUCAUUUAUCCCCAUUAUACUCUCCCGCCCUCUUCUUGGUGUCUCUGUUUGGCAACAUGGACAAGGGAUGGGAGGACCAGCAUUUCCCUCAUGGCCAUCAGAUGGUUUCGUCUGCCUGACUUGUAGAAGUGAUGUAUUUCAUGAUUACUGUUUCGGGAGUGAUGGAAAAGUUUUCUGUGAAAUGUUGGCCUUUGUAAACAUUAGAAUGAAAAUCUCAUAAAAUGUGAACACAUGCA